AACUGUAUUAUCCAUGACUGAUUCUUUGUGAUUUCAUCUUUAAGAAUCCUAUCUAUCCAAGAAAGAAGAAACAACCCCACCGCCUAAAGCAAGACCUUUUCCACACUGUCUUUACUUUCUUUUUAAUUAAUCUUUUCAUUCUCCAUCUCUCUCUUUUAUUUUAAUGGGGUUUCUUGGUUGGUGAGCUAAAAUCCAGCUGCCUUCUAUUGACUUGCCUAAGGUCAUGGAGUGCUCGUUGUUAUGUUUCAAGGAUACCAUUUUCUUGCUCCUCCAUUUCAUUUUUGCUGAUAUAUAUUUAUAAAAGAGUGAGGCAAUUGGUCUUUUAGAUGCUAUGAAGUGCUUUUACUUUUCCAAUAAAGUGAAGAAUGAAGAACAAAAAGCUAUAAAAUCUGUUUCUGUUCACUCAUCUUCUACUUCCAUGUCAAUGUCAACUGAUCAUGAUGUGAAGAGAUCUGGGUCUGAGUUCAAUUCACAGACUGUGUCAGAUUUUAGCACUGAUUCCUCAACUAAGAACUCAUUUGCUGCUUUGUCUCAAAGACAAAGUAAUCUCAGAGUCUUCACAUUCUCAGAGUUGAAGACAGCCACAAAGAAUUUCAGCCGCUCUCUGAUGAUUGGAGAAGGUGGGUUUGGAAGUGUGUAUAGAGGAGUAAUCCGGAGCGCUGAAGAUGCAAAUAAUAAGGUAGAUAUUGCUGUUAAACAAUUGAGUAGGAGAGGGCUACAGGGGCACAAGGAAUGGGUGACAGAAGUAAAUGUUCUAGGAGUUGUUGAACAUCAGAAUCUUGUCAAAUUAGUAGGUUACUGUGCUGAGGAUGAUGAAAGAGGAAUUCAGCGCCUGCUAGUUUAUGAAUAUAUGCCCAACAGAAGUGUGCAGGAUCACUUGGCAAGUAGAUUUCAGACACCUCUGCCAUGGGCUGCUAGAAUAAAAAUUGCCCAGGAUGCUGCCCGUGGCUUAGCAUAUCUUCAUGAAGGAAUGGAUUUUCAGAUUAUCUUCAGAGAUUUCAAGUCUUCCAACAUACUGCUGGAUGAUAAAUGGAAUGCUAAGUUAUCGGACUUCGGUUUGGCUAGAUUGGGGCCUUCAGAUGGGUUGAGUCAUAUCUCGACCGCGGUUGUUGGAACCAUAGGAUAUGCAGCUCCUGAAUAUAUUCAAACCGGGCGUCUCACAUCUAAGUCCGAUGUGUGGGGAUAUGGAGUUUUCCUUUAUGAACUUAUUACCGGCAGGCGUCCAUUGGAUCGAAACCGGCCUAAGGAUGAGCAAAAGCUAUUGGAAUGGGUUAGACCACACUUAUCAGAUGUAAAGAAAUUCAGGUUGAUUUUGGACCCAAGGCUUGACGGAAAGUAUCAUCUCAAGUCUGCACAAAAACUUGCUGCUGUUGCCAACAGAUGCUUGGUUCGACAAGCCAAAUCACGCCCCAAAAUGAGUGAAGUUCUAGAGAUGGUUAAUAAAAUUGUGGAUGCUACAGAUAUGGGGAGCCCCUUGCUCCCCAUGAAGAGUUUAGCUCCAAAAGAUGGCUAUGAAGAAAUAACUAGACGUGAACGAUUGAAAAGAAAGCUUCUGAAUCCAAUAAUUGGAGAGAAAGGGUGCUUGGCUUGGAGAAGAUGGAGACUAAAGGCAGUCAAGGCAUGUUGAGGAAAGUAAAGCAAACAAAGUAAAAUAUGGUUUUGUUUUGAAGUAGCUCUUGCGGUGAGAUAUCAUUUUUGUCAUAUAUAUAAAUAACUAUGCUGCUCUAUGCACUGUGAAAUACAAUUGUAAAGGCUUUACCAUUAUAAAUGAGUUCAUGAAUAGCUCUUCUUUUA